AUGAUCGGAACAAAUUCUACUCCCGCCGGCAGCGAUGAGGAGCGCCGCGACACCGGGAGGGGGGGGGGGCGUCACGACCCUACCGUCAAUAACUACUACGAAUUUCCAGGAGUCUUCAUGAAGACGGUCACCGGUCAGCGAUCAGUGUGGGAGGUGACGGGGCCGAGUUCACGAUCAGCCGGCCGCGACCCGCGGACGGGCGGCGGCCGGGCCCGGGGACCGCGGGGGAAGGUUCCAAGGUCGGGGGUCGACGACCUCACCGACUAA